AAUGGGUUUAUGGCCUAUUCAUCAGAAGGGAUUUUACAGCAUGUUAAUGAGGAGUCUGUCCGCUGUCUCCUGUUGCUGUGAGACACCAAAAGUCAUCCGAAUGUUUAACGGGUGGGGGCACGACUAUGUAUUGAAAUGCACAAUGCUAAUAAGUCACCAAGCAAUAAAAGGGGAAAAACACAAAAGCUAGAGGCCGGAGAGAAAGAGGGAGAGAGUGGAAGAGAGAGAUAUUUAAAGGCAGUGCAAUUGCACAAAAGUUCAGGAAGAGUCCUAAUGGAAACAACCAGACCAUGAUAUGGACCCUCUUGUAGUCUCUCUCAUGUAUGAUUCAUUAUAUUUCAUACUUAUUAUGCUCCACCAGGGGAACAGAUAAAAUGGAAAAUAUUGUGCACCUGCUAUUUAUUUGGAUUCUCUCUUUUUGUACAAGCAGCUUCAGUGAAUAUUAUUGCCCAACUGGAGCAAAAAUUGAUCGUGAUGGCUUGCACUGUUACUGGAUGCCAGCGUUUACAUCAACAUGGCUGGGAGCAAGAGGCAUCUGUCAAAGAGAAAAUGAAGGAGAUCUUGCUAUGGUGGAUAGUGUAACUGUUCAGACCUUCAUACAAAAUUCAUUUCAAAUGGACUCCUCUGUUUGGGUUUGGCUAAGAAAUAGAAUGGGACAGGGUCUGUUUGAAAAUUCGGAUGCUACAGCGUGUACUUCAAUGGCUUUGGCCACCGGACAGUGGAUGAACGAAAUAUGUGACAAUGGGAAUUUCAUUAUCUGUCAAAGAAAGAUAUCAGUGUCUCUGCCAUCAUCCGAGAGCUAUGUGACAGGUGUGCCACUAAUGUCAGCCAUAUACAAAGUGUCCCAGAUUCAACUACUACCCUCUCCACCAGACCCAGGUCAACGUAGGGUUGAGAUUAUGAUGUUUCCAGGUCUUUGGUUCAGUCAUGAGGGUCAAGUGAUGUCUUUAGAUUUGGUGACGCAGCCAAGUGAUCAGGUGACCUUCGCCAGAGUUCAAAUCUUACGGCCCUACUGCAGCCCAACUCAUCACCUAGUGCCACCAGGUUGUAGUUCUUUACUAAACGCCUUCAGCUGCUGUUCCAUGAUGCCCAUGUGUAACACAACUGGUGGCUGUGUCAGUGGGCAGUAUUGGUGUCAUCUGCUGGAGAUCUGUCUACCUGUCACCAGUCCUUGCAGCCCAUACAACUCUUCUAACAGGGGACGUGUGUUCACCCUGCCCCCUCGCUACCCUGCGGCAUCACCUUUCUUCCACUUGAUGGCAGACAUUGCAUUGAAACUGGACCCAAGUGCCGACCACACAUAUAUCAGUGUUACAGUUCAGGACAAAGAUAUCACAGUCUAUCCUGAUGACAUCCUGGCAGUGCAACAUACUCGAAGAGCUGGAGACUUUCUACAUUGUGUUGACGGGACCAGUUCGGCCUGGCGCCAGAGUUACCUCUCAAUGCAUGGACCUGAAUGGGGGGGCUGGUUAGAGGGAAGUUUGUCUGCCCAAUCAGGAGAAGGCCAAUGGCUAGAUGGUCUCGUCUGUGACAUCCGGGUGAUUUAUGAGGACACAAUGGCACAGUAUGGUGUUCCCACAAUACCCAGCAGCAUGCAGACUACAAUGCAAACCAAAGGUCCAAACAAAAUACAGAGUCUUGUUACAGGGUUACAGGUGCUGUAUCCAAAGCUUGACAAAAACAAUCAAACGCAUGUGGCCGUCAACAUCCCAACACUUGUUGUCAUCAAAAUUGCUUCAGGGGUAAAUGCAACCAGCUCCUGGGCGGCCCCUGUGUAUAAGAACGGCGUGUUGUUCCAUUCCUCUUGCCCUGCCGAGAUGCCCGAGGCCGGAGAAGGAUGCAUGAGGUCUUCUCCCGACAUGUGGUUCUCUCACGUGUACAUGAUGCUUUCAGAUGAAGGAGAAUAUUUGCUUAAUAUCACGGCUUCAAACAGCUUGAACUCCCAAAGUCUUACUGUGAGCGUUGUAGCUCAUAUUCCAGUUACAGGGCUGAGCAUCCAACCUCAGGGCUUCAGCAGAGUUCUAGUGGACAUUCCACAGUUGUUUACAGCUUCAGUAGCCACCGGCUCAUCAGUGCGCUAUACGUGGGUUAUUGAUGGCUUGGCUCAGUUUCCACAUAUUGGGAAGUCUUAUAGUGUGGUUUUUAAGAAGCCAGCCGAAUACAAGCUUAAGGUAAUUGGAAGCAACCCUGUGAGUUCUCAGUUAAUUGAACUCAAGAUUACAGCCGAUCUUAUGACCCCAUUAGCUGACCUAACAGUAAUUUCCAUGCCAGAGGUCAUUGCUGCACACAUCUCAUCUAUAUACACAAUUCAAGUUAAAGCUGACAUCUCUAUAGGAGUUACAAUAAGAUGGGAUUUUGGUGAUAAUACAACUUCAGCCAGUCACCCAGUUUCCUCUGCCGUAGAGAUGAAAGACAGCUAUCUACACCAAACUGUCAAACACAUCUAUCUGCAAGACUCCGCCCAUCAUACAUAUUCUUUCCCAGGUGACUACACCCUGAAAAUAGAGGCUUACAACAAAUAUGACCAUAUUGAAAAGCAUGUAACUGUUAGAGCAAGAACUCCACUAUCAAGAUUGAUGGUGUCAUCAUCUCACACCAUCUGUCAAGUCAACUGCACCAUCCUGUUUGAAGUCUCACCAUGGCCUUCUUCAUACGGAGUGCUUUACUCUUGGAAUUUUGGUGAUGACUCCAGUAAUAUGAAGGAAUAUAGCAGGAAAGUCAGCCAUGUUUUUAAAAGACCAGGUACAUACAACGUCACCGUCUGGGCCAACAACACCCUGUCUGUCUUGACUAACUAUACAGCUGUACAGGUAGUUAAGUCUAUCUCUGGCCUCCAAUUGAAUUUCACCAGCUACAUUGAACUCAAUAGCAUCUUUAAAAUCACUGGUAAAGUAUCUUCAGGCACACAUCUAAAAUGGACAUUUGAUUUUGGAGAUGGUUCAAUAUUGAAAGAUCACUCUGAAAGUUCUGCCUCCCACAUUUACAAGUCUCCUGGAAAUUACACAGUUCAUGUUAUUGCUUAUAACGGUGUUAGUAAGGAACACCAGUCAGUCAAUGUGGAAGUCUUUAAGUUAAUUUUAAGUAACAUUUUGCCAUUGGACUGCAUUGUGAGUAAGGCCGAGAUUGAUUUUUUUGUAUUGGUGAAAGGUUACGUUCCUCUUUUGACUUUCCACUGGGAUUUUGGAGAUGGGACGCCAUCAUCCGUUGUUAAAGGAACUGCCACCAUCAAACAUAGUUUUCUAAAUUCAGGGACUUACACAGUUGGUGUAAAUGCUUAUAGCCCAGUAGGUUCGGUCCAUUAUCAAACCAACAUAUGUGUGCAAGACCGAAUAACAGAUGUUGUACUGCAGUCAGCCAAGAGCGCUGUAGCCGUGGGUGAGGAAAUAUGCUUUAAUGUUUCUGUGACUCCCAAAUUUAAGAAUUACAUGUUUUGGUGGAACCACAACUUUUCUAUUGAUACCCCAAUUAUAGGCCUGUCACACCAUUGCUUUGUUUUUACAGAAGAGGGUUUUUAUGAAAUUACAGUGCUGGCAGGUAACAAAGUCUGCAAUAAAACAGCAAAAACAUCAAUCUUUGUUCAAAAGUCCAUAUCUAAUCUAUCCAUACAGUAUGAAGGUAACCAUGUUGCACUGAUUGUAAAUCACCCUUAUAACUUCUGGGCUGAGCUUUGUGGUAAGAUAGCUAAUUUUCAAUGGGAUUUCGGAGAUGGUUCCUCAAAAACGAAGGGUCAAAAUCAAUCACACAUUUUCCUUUUUCCUGGCAGGUUUCGAGUGACUGUCACCGCAUCUAAUGCAGUAAGUUCAGAUUCAGUGUCCAUAGAGGUAGAGGUGCAGGCCCCUCUCUCAUAUUUAAUGGUUAAUACCAGUCAACCAUUUGCUGAGGUGGGAACAGGGGUAUUGAUAAAAGCUCAGACUGAUUUUAUUACGAAUGUCAAGUUUUACUGGACUGUGAAUUAUUUGUCACCUCCCAAACUUGGAACUUCAGAGUUUUGGUAUGUGUUUCCUGAAGCAGGGGUAUUUCAGAUUAAAGUCACGGCACAAAAUCUUGUCAGUCUGUUGGAAACCACAUUGCAUAUUGAGGUCAUCGAGAGAAUACAUGGAGUUCAGAUCCUAUGUGAUGGCCUGCGGUCUGCAAGAUAUUUUUUGACCAAUCAGACUUUGGUAUUGAGAGCAUCUGUGGCACAUGGUUCUAACUUGACGUAUGAGUGGCAAGCACGUCAAAAUAUGAUUAACCGAAUUGUAAGUGAUAGUGAACAAUUUCAACUAUUUACUAGCAGUCCAGGUGAUAUAUAUGUUAGGCUAGUGGUAUCAAAUGUUAUUGGAUCAAUAGAUAGUGAACUUUCAUUGAGAGCUGUAGAGUUUGUUUCAGGUGUGAGCAUUUCAGUGCCGGUGAAUGUUGUAACAAAAGAUACACCAGUGACAAUCUCUGUCAGUGUAACAUCUGGAACAGACCUUCAGUACUUGUGGUUCCUGGGCUCUGAGUCUGUAAUAUCAGAUGUGCCCUUCAUUCUGCACACCUUCAAAGUUAUUGGUGUGGUCAACCUUAGAGUGUCCGUCUCAAAUGUGUUUGGGUCUAUUGAUGCAACCAAGCUACUCAGUGUUCAGGAGAACAUAUCUGAAGUUGACUUUACGAUAAACGGACAAUCCAAACCCUUUUUUGUCACAUCAAAUAGCCUGUUGUUUCUUAAAGGCACUGCAAGGAAAGGGAAUGUCCUACACUGGGAAUGGGUUUUAACUUUUAGCAACAAUACUGUUAUCUUUCUUGCUGACAGUCAGACAGUCAGUUAUUCUUCUGUGGAUGUUUCAGAUCACCAUGUUUUACUUAACGCUUCAAAUGACAUUAGCUGGCAAACUGUUUCGUACAUUGUGUUGGUUCAGGAUCCCAUCCAAGGACUUUCGCUAACGGCUAGCAACAGCGUAGUCUGUGAGAGCGAUACUGUAAUUUUCCAACCAUUUGUUUCACGAGGAAGUGAUGUUUUCUUCACCUUGGAGUUUGUGAAUGAGAGUUCCUCUGUGGACAUUCAGCAGAAUUUUACAACUUCAUCUCUUUCAGUUGGAAACCAUCUGGUAAAAGCUAUAGCAAGAAAUAAUGUCAGUUACCAAACAGCGGUCAUAACUGUGCAAGUGGUGGAAAAAAUUCAAGACUUGCAUCUGAUUGGCUGUUGCUCUGCUGUCCUAGAAGCCUUAAAAAAUGUGACUUUUCAAGCAUCAGGAAACAGUGACUCACAAGUCAAUUAUUACUGGACAUUCGUAUUAAAUGGAGUCUAUUCCUCACAGGAAAUGGGGCGAAAUGUUCACUUCACACCUAUUACUAAUGGUUCCCUGUCCAUAACACUGAAAGCUGAUAAUGGCUUCUGCUCACAGUCCCUGAGCGUUACAGCAACAGUACAGAGGCAUGUGAGGAAAGUUAAGCUUCUUAGCUCCCAUGACAAAGCCUUUAUGGACUAUCCAAUAAAUUUUAUAGCUAUCACUGAUGGAGGCAGUGACCUUAAAUUCAUUUGGGAUUUUGGCGAACCCAGUGGAGGAACCCUAGUUACAGAAUCCAAUAUACAAGACCACAUAUACAAUAUAACUGGUCGAUUUGUGGUGCAUGUAACAGCUUUCAAUAACAUAAGUCAGAUUUCAACACAAAUGACAAUUGAUUUACAAAAACUGGAAUGUACCCGGCCUCACAUCUACGUUGUAGGACAAUCUAAAGUAGUAAAAUCCCGAUCAAGCCUCUUUGAAGCAAAAGUGGAUCUCAGAGGUUGCAUUUCACACAAAGCAUUUUAUCUCUGGGAGAUUUCCAAGGGCCCUAAUUGCUCAGCAACGGACAAGGUAUCCUUAAAUGACUCAAUAGAUGUUACAGCACCCCUUCUUUUACUGCCAAAGCACACUCUUACAGUGGGAAACUACUGUCUGACAUUUACCACCGGACUUCAGGGAACUCCCAUAAAGCACCAUAAGACCAUAGAGAUCGUUGUGCUACACAGUCAGCUGGUUGCUCUGAUUAAAGGCGGCUCUCAUCGAAUCUGGUCAAAUCAAAAUGAUCUCAUACUGGAUGCAACUGAGUCAUAUGAUCCAGAUUCAAAAGCAGAGGAUAUGAAGCUGUUUCGAUUUCUUUGGGAUUACCACAUUGAGAACACCACAUCAUCAUCUGCAGCCUUUUUUACACUUCACUCUAUUCCAAGAAAUGGCAAUAUUCUUCUUUUUCCCAGAAGCGCCUUGUUUCCAGGAAAAGUUUACCACUUCACUCUCACGCUCUACAAAGGCGGACGACAAUCUGUCUCUGCAUCACAGUCAGUUACAGUGUAUGAUACCCCUUUGCUACCUGUGGCUGUAAAGUGCACAUCCUGUUAUUCUUUUUCAUCAUUCCAUCUGAGUCACAGCCAAUACAUAGCUUUGGCUGGCCAAUGUUCUUCUUUUAAAGACACUUUACAGUACACAUGGACUGCUGAGAAUCAUAGAGGUGAAGCUCUAAGUCUAAAUGAAAUCACUACCACAACAGGAAGCCUACACAGAGAGAUCGUCAUUAGACCAGGUGUGCUGAUAGAGGACCAUACAUACACCUUCACUCUCAAUGUGUCUGAAUCCUCCUCUGGGCUUUGGGGAUCAGCAAGCAUCACUUUAGUUCCCAACCGCCCUCCCUACGGUGGCAUUUGCACACUGUCACCAGACGACUCCCUUCAUUUCUUGGAAACCAGAGUCUGUUACAGCUGCUCAGGGUGGAUGGACGAUGAUGAUGGUGAGUCAGCUCAGCUGAUAUUUUCACUGCAGGUGGCACAGUGUGAAGACUUCGGACCAUUAUGUCCCUUGAUAACACUUUACAGAGGACCUCAGAGCACGUUUGGCUCCCUGGUGCCACUGGGCAGUCCAAGCACAAUGGAAAACAGAUCUGUUAUUCAUGUGCUGGUGAAAGUUGAGGACAGCAUGGGGGCUUCUGUCAUCACAGUGAGAAAGAAACUGACAGUGCAGUUGAGUGCCCAUCACUCAACAGAGUGGUUGAGAAACACGAGCCAAUGGGAAUUCAGGGCUUUGCUCCAACAAGGCAACCCACAGGACAUCAUACAGUAUUCUAUUGCCCUGACCAGCCAACUUAACCAGCUAAAAACCAUCAACCCUCAAGAGAUGGAGGACAAGAUUCAGAUGCGAGGAGUUGUGACUCAGGCCCUGGCAUCUCUGCCGAUCUCCUCUAUUCAGAAUGCAGCUCAGAUCAGCUCAGCCUUAUCCCAAUCCACAGUGAUUCCCUCUGAAGUGCAGUGCGAGAGCUGCCACGCAAAGGUUCUGAAGGUCACCGAGAAGAUGAUCAAAGUAAUGCGAGAACAAACAGAACAGAGUGACAUUGACCCCACAGAAACCGGCAGGAACAUUCUGAAUGUUAUAAGUAGCACACUGACUGCUGAUCAUAUGCAGAGAAGUAAUUCUGGCCUCAAGCAACUGCAUACAUCAAAGACGGCCAAGUCAGCACUGAGUCAGAUUUCAGAGCUCAUGCGUAUAUUAAUGAUGUCGCGGAUGCCUGGGGAAGAAGCCCUUUCUCUCGUCGCUCCUAAAAUCAAUGCCAUGGGCGUGCGGGGUGACCCUACUAAAGAUCUACUUUGCACUGAUCCCUUCAGCCACUGCCAGUUUUACGUUCCAUCAGCUCUGAGCUCUCAACUUAAGGAAGAAAACCAAGAAGUCGUGCAGAUAUUUCUGAAAAUGGAGGCUGAUGAAAAUCCAUUCAUUCCAGCAGCAGAACCUCCUAUAUCUACUGUGCUUGCAGCCAUGGAAUUUGCUACAACGCAGGGCCAACCUAUUCCCAUUGCCAAUCUGACACCGGACACUGCGAUAGAAUUUACAUUGCACAGUAAGAUAAGAGUGAUGGAUGACGAGAGGUUGCACAGGAAAAAGUUUACUCUGACGUCCAUGGGGAGUUUUAACUUCACCGUCAAAGCAGUGGAAACAGACCCUCAGGCUGGACUUUAUAUUUCCCUUAACUUCAGUCUCAUUCCAGAAAGUGGUGUGACAGCCUCUGGACAAGUAUGGAUCUCUGUGUCUUACCAGUCAGAUCAUCUGCUGUCUCAGCUCACUCUUUCCAAAUCUUUUACCAUCUCUCUCUCAUCUGAGCCUUCAUCAUUGGAGCACACCAUCUUCCUCACACCACUCUUGAACGGUUCUGCUAAAGACCUGUUUGUAAACCUGUCGAGUAGCAUCGGCACGGACGUUUCCGUCUCGACACUCUUGUUCAGCACUUUGUGCCGGUUCUUCAAUGCUGAUGAGAGGCGCUGGAGCGGCAAGGGUUUGAGGGCUCUGAGCGGUAGCACCCUUGACACGGCCCACUGCCUCACCCAACACCUCACCAUGUUUGGAGCCAGCCUCUUCGUUCAACCCGGGACACUUCUUCUGCUGCCCCCUUCAGAUGAGCCAGUGAGAAACAUAGUGGUGGGAAUAGUUUGCGGAGUCUUGCUACUGAUUCAUCUGCUGGUUGGUCUUAUCGCCCACAAACUGGAUCACCUGGAAAGUCUGCGUUUGUGUUGUGUCCCGCUGUGUGGUCAGAAAGGCCGCUAUCAAUAUCGGAUUCUGGUAAAAACUGGCUGGAAUAGAGGGUCUGGUACCACUGCACAUGUUGGCAUUAGCCUGUAUGGUCUGAAUAAAAGUGGUUCACGUCAUCUCCAAAGAGAAGGAGCUUUCCAGAGAAACGGUCUGGACGACUUCCAAAUAGAAACGGAUGCCUGUCUUGGAGAAAUUUGGAAAAUACGCAUCUGGCAUGACAACACAGGUCUAGACCCAUCCUGGUACUUGCAACAUGUGAUUGUCUGGGAUAUACAGACAGAUAACAUGUUCUUCUUCCUGGUGGAAGACUGGCUGUCUGUGGAGAAUGAAAAGAACUCUGGAAGGGUGGAGAAAGUUGUUUUAGCCUCUUGUCCUCAGGAGCUCCAGCAGUUUAAAAGAGUCUUACAAGCCCAGUUGCUGUUCGGGUUUCGAGAGCACCAUUUGUGGAUCUCAUUAUGGGAACGACCACCCCACAGCACCUUCAGCCGAGCACAGAGGGUCACCUGCUGCUCCCUCUUAUUACAUCUGUACCUGGGAGCUGGAGCAGUGUGGUAUGGAGCAGUGGGCACAAAAGGUAACAGUGGUCCAGUUUCCACACAGAUGUUGAUGAGCGCAGAGACCAUUUUGGUUGGAAUGACCAUGGCGGCUUUGAUGUUCCCUCUCCAAACCAUUCUCAGGUUUCUGUUUCAAAAAACCAAGAGCAAGAUGACAUUGGAGUUGUCUCUGCCUCCAUCUCCCGUGUCUCACACUGUGGAGAUGGAUGUGUUCUUCAAUCGCCCAGAUCUCUCCUGUUCCUCCUUUCUGUCUCUGCCUAAUUGCCCGGACUCCUCCAUGUAUGAUGGACCGUCUCCUUUCACAAACUCUAUGCAGAGCAAGAAUCUUGAUUCAGAGUUUUGGAACGCUUCAGAUCCUGAAAAUGAUCGAUCAGAUCUCUGGCCAUCAUGUGAUAGUAUCUUUGGCCUGCCUGAGCUGGUAGGAGGUACUCACUUCCUAAAGAGGAAAAAAGCCCUUCUACAACUACGUUUGUCUACCCCGACCUCCGACCACAACACAUUAGAACCAACCAAGUCUCCAGAGGAAGAUCUUAGGUCUGUAUCUGCAGACAUGGAUGCCACGAACACUCUCUCCUCAGAGCAAGCUGCAUCUGACAGCGGCCAUUUUACACCCAAUGAGACCACCCUGUCUGAUGACCAGGACAGCUUGUGUAGUGAUUGGUCUGAUCUGAGCCUGGAUGGUCCUUCAUACGAGCCUGGCCUUCAAAAAUCCUACUCCACUCUUUCAAUGCUUAGUGUGGCCAGUACCUUCCUUCCAAGCCUCCCGCCUGACUCCACAAGCACCACAUCCAACACACGCAUCGGUGUUGUUCGUGGUGUGCCUGGCUUUACUCUUCCAUCCUGGGUUCUUCGUGUGGUUUACCUGCUGGUGGCUGUAUUGCUGGGAACGUGCUUGGCUCUGGUGGGUCUUUAUGGCAGCAGAUUUUCCAGCUCUGUGGUUCUCAUGUGGCUGGUAUCGACCUUGUCUGCCUUCUUCACUUCCUCCCUGCUGCUGGAACCAUUCGCAAUAUGUGUUCAGGCACUGUAUAUGGCUGCCGUUGUGAGAGCAGUGGACCCAGAGGUGGAGGAACGUUUGGCUCAAGAGACUGAAGUAAGAAGGAAUGAAGAAGAUAUGGGCGAUAAAGUGCACCCACUCUGUGGAUACGGCCUGCUGCAGGCUAAAGAGGAAGCACGGAAACUGAGGACGCUUAGAGGCCUAAUAAGGAAUUGCUUAGUCUACAUGCUGUUCCUGUUAGUGGUUCUGAUGGUGAACUACCAGGAAAAUGUGCAGGAGAAGAGCAGCAGACAGCUUCACUCAUCUAUUAAACACACGCUGAUCUCAGCUUCAUCAGAGCAACCCGGCCUCACUGCAUUAUCAGGAUGGAUGAACGCACAGCAAUGGAUAGACAAAAAAUUAUUAUCACAUUUGUAUGAGAACCCUACUCUUUCUUUGAUCGGCCUGCCACGUCUUCAGAAAAUUCAUUCUCAAAACUUUUGCAGUCAAAACAUCAGAGAUCUGUUCCAGUCUGGUCGACAUCCUUUGAUGCUGGCUUCUUACGUUUCAUCACAUGCCAACCCUGGACACCAGAGAUCUUCAGAAGCCGGCAUGAACACUCCAGCUCUGUUAACUCGGCCAGUCAAGGACGUGUCAUGUACAUUCGAUCAGAGAGAGGAAGUAUUGCUUGGAAACAGCAGUGAAUCUGCACGUCGGAUCCUGUCAGAACUACAGACAGCAAACUGGAUGACAACUGGGACGCAGACGGUGCUGAUUGAGUUCACUCAGUAUCAUAAAGAGACGAGUAUCUUGGCACCGAUCUCAAUUCUUCUGGAUCAGACGCAGACAGGCAGAAUCUUUCCCUUGAUUUCCAUUCAGCCUUUUCACGUCUCUCAGUCUUCUGUUCCAGAUUUACACAUCACAUUGACGGUUCUGCUUCUGGUGUUUGCCCUGUGCUUUCUGGGUGCUGAAAUAUGGGCCAUGAUAAAGAAGCCAAAACAUUACCUGUGGCAAACCUGGAGCUGGUUUCAGCUUUUGUUAGCUCUUCUGACACUUGCUGCAGCUGUACUUCGUCUGUAUUUCCUCACUGCGGCUGAAGUCGGUCUCUCCAGACACCGCUCACAGCCUGACUCCUUUACAGACUUCCAGAGUGCUGCCUCACUGGCCAAAAUAUCCAGUCAGACCUCAGCCGUUUUGUUAACCCUUUUGGUUCUAAAGAUGGUGGGGAUCCUGCGGUUUGUUAGGAGAUGGCUGGUGUUGGGACAGGUUAUUCGGCAGGUUUUCCCUCAGAUUUGCACUGUGGUAUUCCUGCUGCUGCUCCUGUUUCUUCUCUUUGCACACACAGGCAUUAUGCUUUUUUCUAGUUCAGUGAAAGGCUUUAGGACAUUGGGUCAGGCGAGUCACUCACUGUUAUGUUUGUUAAGGGGCCGUAAUGGCCUUCAUCGACUUUAUAAGCAUCAUCCAGUUGUGGGCCCGCUAUACUGCCUGUGUGCCGUUGGCAUUGCAUUCUGGGUAGUCGGGCGCCUGUGUGCUGCUAUAUUGAUUCGAACGUACCGAAUAGUACAGGCAGACAUUUACAGACCAUCCAUGGAGCCGCAGGACUACGAGAUGGUACAGUUUCUCAUCAAACGUCUAAAGCUAUGGAUGGGGCUCAGCAAGACCAAAGAGUUCAGGCACAGAGUUAAAUUUGAGGGAAUGGUUCCUCCACCCUCCAGAUCAUCGCAGGGCUCUCAAGCCUCCAACUUAUCCACGGCGCCCAGUCCCACUGGACCCCGCCAGUCCUCAUCUGCCUCCUUGGCUUCUGAUUCCACUGUAAAUUCAGACAGUUUUGACUUUAACCUUUACGUGGACCGCCUGGUGCCUUGCGUAAAUAGCCUUCUGACUAGUUUUGACCGCGUCAACCAGCUAACUGAGGAAGUAUAUAAAUUUGAACUUCAAUUUCAUGAGGUCCAAAAAAGAAUUUCCCAGAAAAGAACAUUUCCUCAGCGGAUGACCUCCAUUCCAGGUCACCAUGGAUGUGCUUUAAAGCUACCACUACCUGCUCAAACCUCAUCUACCUCUCUUUUGGAAAGUAGUCCCAGUCUACCUUCUCUGCAAGGCAUCCCUAAAAUCUUUCCACACAGACGUUGUACCCACUCAGAGUCAUCAGUUUUGGCGCCAGGCUCUCAGUUCAGUAAUCAAAUGCUUUCUGCAUUGUAUGGAAGGAAGAACAGUGCCAACUCUGGAAACAUGGGUGUUCCGGGACGCAGAGCGUGGAAUUCUGUGACGUGUCAUUCUGCUGACACGGCACAAAGGUUACCUGGGUCUCAGAGGGGUGUGACGUUGCCAAUAAGACCCCGAAGCGAGGAGGGAGAGAGGGAGCAGGUGCACGCCGGCAUGCCAAUAAAAAAACAGGCUUGGCACAUUGAAUAAAUAUCUAAAUGGCUUCUUAGGGUCAUUUAAAAUAAGAGUGGUUAUAAAGAAACUUUUUAUUGGAGUGUGCAUAUCAAAACAUACACAAGGACACCUAUUAUGUAAUAAAUAUAGAUACUAUCUUUAAUUCUAUGAAGUUUUAAAUAUUUUUGGAAGUGAAACACUGAUUUUGUACAUUUAUGAGCGUCAGUUUCUACCUCUUGACAAGGGUAUUUGCACUGCUUGUUUUAAAGCGUUCGUUUACCUGCAUCUGUAUUUUUUUUUUUACAUUUUUGCUUAUUCAGUUUCUAUAUGACACUUAUCUUGCAUGUGGGAAAUGUUUUUAUUUUUGUAAAUAAAGUGACACAGCCAUUCACACCGUGGCUUGAGCAUCAGAAUAUAUGUCUUUAAUUUACAAAAUUUCAAAAUACAUAAAAUCCGUUUCCAUAAAGAUGCAUUUUUCCAUAAUAUCGUCGUACCUGGAUAAUAAAAGUAUCAAUAAAACAGUAUCUGUGUUUUGAUGUAGCUUAAUUAUUAAAGCAUUGACUAAGCAACACAAAGGUUUCCAGAAAAGAGAUGACUCUGGGCCGGAUCUGCUCCGGUGCAGAUCUGGCCCAGAGUCGUCUGCUUUCUGGGGUGGGUUUGAUUCCCAAGGAACACAGAUACAAAUUAAAGAUAUUAAAUUCACCGUAAGCCAUUUUCAAAAUUUAACAAUGAGAUUGAGGCAUCAAAAUUUGACUUCACAUUCAUUUCAAUCUUUGACAUGACCUGAAUCAGUAUAAGGAUUUAUCAAUAUUUUCACAGAAUGGUCUUUACAUUAUGUAGGAUGAUAUUAUGUAGAAAACACAUAUUAAGAUUCCAGCCUAUUUCAUGCUGACUACACAUCCGUAAUCCAACCACUAGGUGGACCUAACAUCAAACAAAUAUUCAGUGACUCCAAACUCCUCUACAGUAGUCUCACGCUGCCUCAGAUGAUCUUACUGUAUGUCCUCACGUUCACUUUAAGAGAAAGUGAUGGACACAAAGGUUGACCAUUUUGCUGCCUACCUUUACUGCGUUACAUUUUUUUAAUCCAUAAAAUACAGUCUGAAUGUAAAAGCACCUUUUAAGAAUGAUCACGGUAUUUUCUUUUAGGUGUGAUGUGAAUAAAGCAGUUAGAGGCUGCACUAUGAUGUAUUAUGAAUUCAUUGAAGCAAACCCUUGAGUUAUUAAGGUCAUAAUAUGGCUCAUAAUUAAGUUCCAUUGAGCUUUUAAUAACAUUUUUAAUAAUAAUAAAACAAUUCAAAUGUUAAUAAAAUAUAGCUUUUUCAUUAUCAUCAUGUUAAUCUUACUAUAGAAUACAGACAUGAAAACAAACUAUACAACAACAAUUUGUUAUGAUAGUGUUAUAGGUCUUAACCGUGCUGUAUUGUAAAAAAAAAAAAACACAGCUACUGUCAAUUCACCUUCUAGGACAUAAACUCUCUGUUUUAUAAGCCACAUUAAAUGUGUCCCUCAAGACCCAGUUGCAUACACAUAAGCAGAUUUAGGCAUGAGCAUUCACACAUUGGAAGAGAACACUGUCAGUACACAUUAUCUUUAUUCUCUUUGCGUUAUUAUAUAAGAGGCAUAACCCAGAGCAAUCAGGCAUAUGAUGUAACCUAACAUAGGCUGCCCUUCCUCGUGUAAACAGCCUCUGCAUCCCCAAAGGCUUGAUUCAGUCCCAAGACCCCAUGCUUCCCGUCUGUCAUGCAACACACCCAUUGUUCCUAAGAUUUUUAUUGCUGUAAUUCCCAUACAGCCAUUCAUAAACACUCCUACCGCACUUCAGGAAGUACAGAUAUCAUUCAGUGUGCUGUGUCCUCUCAUUUAGCAGCAAUCCACGGGCGGAGGGAAAGCUGGUUUUAUAGGUUUCCGAAUGUUGUUGUUUUUUCACAUUUUUUGUGUAAAAAUGAUUUUGCCUUGUAGUAACAAAUUUUACGUCUAAAGAAGUGACAACAUUUUAUGGUUUAAGUCAUUUACUGACCUGGUAAGGCAUGUGAGUUUGCUAAACUAAUGUACACUAUAAUGUAUCCUAUUAAAAGUACAUCUUUGCACCUAAAGAGUUCAAUGUAUACACAUCUGUACCUAAAUAUUACAUAUUAGGACCUUUAGAAAGGAUACUGCCCCAGUAACAGCUUUUUUUUCUGAGAUCAAAAUGUUACAUAAAACAUUAAAGUCAAUCUCGAAAAUUGUUUCUAAACACAUUAUAAACGUUAGAAAUGUAUUACUCAAUCACGCCACAAAGACUGUAAACUAGUACUGAAUUGCAGAGUUAGAUCUUUAAAAAGUUUUUCACCAUUUCUGAGUGCAGGAUUUUUUAGGUGGGCCUAAAACGGUGGCUCGAUGAUGCAAUUGAGCUACCCGCGCAUGGCUCCGCCCCUAACACAAUCGCUAGCAAUUGAAAGUUGAGAGACAUUAACUGAGAGUUGAAAGUUGAGAUUCGCAGCGUUGCAAGAACUGACAGGCAGUUGACAUCAAACUAUCGCGAGAGCGAUUAAAAAAAUAGA